AUCCCGCCCCUCCAGGCCCCACAGAGCUGUAGCACCUCCGAUCCUCCCGCGUCACUGCAGCCGCCAUGCCCGGAGGUCUCCUUCUCGGGGACGAGGCUCCCAACUUCGAGGCCAAUACGACCGUCGGCCGCAUCCGUUUCCACGACUAUCUGGGGGACUCAUGGGGCAUUCUCUUCUCCCAUCCUCGGGACUUUACCCCGGUGUGUACCACGGAGCUUGGCAGAGCCGCGAAGCUGGCCCCAGAAUUUGCCAAGAGGAACGUGAAACUGAUUGCCCUUUCGAUAGACAGUGUGGAAGACCAUCUUGCCUGGAGCAAGGACAUCAACGCUUACAAUGGCGAGAAGCCCACCGAGAAGUUACCUUUUCCCAUCAUUGACGAUCAGCAUCGGGAUCUCGCCGUCCUGCUGGGCAUGCUGGACCCGGCCGAGAAGGACGAGAAGGGCAUGCCUGUGACGGCGCGUGUGGUAUUUAUUUUUGGUCCUGAUAAGAAACUGAAGCUGUCUAUCCUCUACCCAGCUACCACCGGCAGGAAUUUUGAUGAGAUUCUGAGAGUCGUUAUCUCUCUCCAGCUGACAGCAGAAAAGAGGGUUGCCACCCCGGUUGACUGGAAGAAUGGCGAUAGCGUGAUGGUCCUUCCCACCAUCCCCGAAGAGGAAGCCAAGAAAAUUUUCCCUAAAGGAGUCUUCACCAAAGAGCUCCCAUCUGGCAAGAAAUACCUGCGCUACACACCCCAGCCGUAGGUCUUCCUGAGGCAUUUGUGCUGGAGCUGCUCACAGCACAGUGAGCCAGAGGGUGCCAGCUGCCACUCACGUUUCCUACGGCAAUUCCAUGAAAACAUCCCGGUGUGAUCACAGCCAAGGUCUUUAGGUUGCUACAGUACUGGCUUAUUAAAUGAAAAUGGCACUAAAAACUCCGCGGGGUUCUCUGCUGCGUGCCUUCACCAGCAUUCUGUUCUGUUCAUGUAUCGCAGCCCUAUGCUGACUCUCUUUGAAGAUCUGAGUCUCUAUAUUUGAGACUCAGAUCUUGCUGGAUCUCUGCAGAGUUUGUGAGCAACGAGGUAGACCCAUUGGUAGUUGAAAAAGCCCGCUUUGCUCCAUCAUGGAAUGACCACCCGUUUUUAGGUGUUCUAAUCGAAUCUCCUCUUCUGUUCUGUGUUUUGGGGGAGCAGCAGGACUUGCGGUUCAGUUUCCUCUGUAGAUCUCUUAGUGUAUAACCCAAGAAGUUAGUAACCCAGAUAUUCUUCAGUAUUCAGUGUUUCGAGCACAGCUAGGGGGGACAACUUUUCAGUUCUGUACUUUUCCAGUAGAUAACUAAAGUCGGAAGAAGAGGGGAAGGGGGAUCUUAAACUAUUUUGCUAAAAGAAAACUUCAGCAAAUUUCUACCCAAAGAGGGAAGGUACAGAAAAGGCUCCAUGUACCUGCCGGGAGGGGUAGCAGAGGUGUGAGCACAAUGCCAGUGCCAUGUACCUUUCACACAGCCCUUCCAGGCGUCGGUCUGCUCCGCUGUGAUGGACGCCGAAGGGGCCCACCAUGCAAGGGGGGAGGUGAGGAUGACUGGAGAUGUUUUAUUAUAGAACUGUUCUUGCUGGCAGCGUGGGUAUUUUCUGAAUUUUGCUUUUUGGGGAUCUAGCCAAUAAAUCCUUUGUUAAAACUGGA